AAACGCGUAGGUCAAAUGUGGGUGGGAGAUCUGCGUUUCCUGUACCGCUACAUUGUAACUGAUCAUCAAAUUACAAUGUAAAUCCUAAUCGGAACAUUAUUUUUCAAACGCAGAACAUAUCAUUCAUGUCAUAUCCAUCACCUGGAAUACCGGGUGGCAAUUAAACAACGAAUACAUGGUUUGCGGUCUAAAUAUCAGGCGCUGUCACAUUGACAGCGGUAGGAUAUCCGGAAAACUUGAGGGAGGUUUGCACGAGCCAUUGCGGUGUUGACGUAAGAGCUAAAGCCUUUUCAACCGAUGUCUAAGGACCCUCCUCCAAGGUGACAUACAUCCAAUCACAGACUAGCAUGGGAGAAGAUGGACAUUCCAGCUGCCAAUCAGAGCUACGGACAUGGCGGGCAGCCCAGGGUGUGUCAUAAUGGCUGGUCAGCAACCACACCCCCAACCGGUCUUGGAUGUACCUCUGCCCAAGGACUCUCCAGUGACCCUCUACCCAGCUUACAGGUUCUGAACCUGGGCCCAGCCUCACACCAGAGUCCCUCUAAAAACAUCCCUCAAUCCAUGGCUCAGUUACAGUACUCACACCAGGGCUGUCUCAGCAGUCUUCCUACGCCCCCAUUUAGGAACCAAUCACCUUCAGCUCUUAUACCAUGCCUGAAUCAAGAGCCUCACAUACCACAUGUACACAUGGGUAAUUAUAUUUCCUACAACAUUCCUCCACCAUCAACACACCUCCCUCUGAAACAAGGUCCGCCAGCUAGUGGGCCUCCAUCCACGAUACCGUCUUCAAACCAGGGUCCCCAGAAUACUGUCUCUCCUCCAGUCUCUUCCUCUCCUCCAUAUCCUCCAUAUCCGUCUUCAAACCAGGGUCCCCAGAAUACUGUCUCUCCUCCAGUCUCUUCCUCUCCUCCAUAUCCUCCAUAUCCGUCUUCAAACCAGGGUCCCCAGAAUACUGUCUCUCCUCCAGUCUCUUCCUCCCCACCAUAUCCGUAUGCAAACCAAGGCUUUGUGAAUGGCCCUCCUGUGACGUUGACAAGUCCAAACCAAGGCUUUGUGAAUGGCCCUUCUGUGACAUUGACAAGUCCAAACCAAGGCUUUGUGAAUGGCCCUCCUGUGACAUUGACAAGUCCAAACCAAGGCUUUGUGAAUGGCCCUCCUGUGACAUUGACAAGUCCAAACCAAGGCUUUGUGAAUGGCCCUGCAGUGACGUUGACAAGUCCAAACCAAGGCUUUGUGAAUGGCCCUCCUGUGAGGUUGACAAGUCCAAACCAAGGCUUUGUGAAUGGCCCUCCUGUGAUGUUGACAAGACCAAACCAAGGACCUCCCAACAGCAGUUUUUCCUCCAUGUCACCAUGUGGGAGCCAGAGCCAACAGUGUUCACACCCGUAUCCUCCACAACUCACCUCACCAGUCCAGCAGCAACCUCAAUGGGCCCUGCCUCAGCAACACUAUAGUCACAGUGGUGUAAUGUACAAGCCUGGUGCCACCUCACAUCCUGUACAGGAGGGUACCACCAUGCAACCGUCCUGUCCGUCUCUGGGGGACAGUGGGGUGUCCGGCCCCAGCUCACCUAUCUCAGAGUCACGCUAUGGCCUACACCCUCAGCUUCUACCCAGCGCUGUGCGUAUGAUGGAGGAGGACAGGACAGCGUGGGAGGGGAAGGUGUUUGUGUCUGAACCCAUCUCCUCUCUACCUCCGCUGGCUACCACAGACUGUGUCAUGGAGGACAGAGGUAACUGCAGUCCUCGGUUCAUCCUUUCUACCUCCUACUGUGUUCCGUGUGAGGGCCAGACGGCCCUCCAGAGCCACCUACCCCUGGGGGCCCUAGUUAGCCCUCUGGCUAAGCUACACACAGGAGAGCGCCCCCUGUCUGUGUGUAUGGAGGCAGACACUGUAAAGGGCUGUGGGGAGUGUGGGGCUUACAUGUGUUCAGCUAUGGGAUGGCAGGACUGUGGACAGAGAUUCUACUGCCCAUUCUGUGGGAAACUCCGUGAAGUUGGAUGGCAGCAUUACCAGCCAACCCAGGGAGUAGAGGGGAACAGAGUGGACAGAGAGCAGAGACCUGAGCUCAGUCUGGGCUCCUAUGAGAUACUGGACAGUCAACAGGAUGUGCCUGCUGCUGUGUUGCUCCUGGCUGUGGAUGUGUCUGCUGCAGCUCUGAGAGGAGGACACCUGGAGCUCAUCAGUCAGCAGCUACGUUCUCUACUCACAUCACUAAAUAGGGAGGAAGGUGCGUUCCAAUCAGAUGUCCGUGUGGGGUUGAUGACCUAUGACAGCCGGAUCCACCUCUAUGACCUCAGCCCUGCCCUGUCUCGCCCACACAUGCUGGUCGUCACGGAGACGGAGGACCUGCAGCUUCCUGUGAGGGAGGGGCUUCUGGUUCCACUCAAAGACUGCAUAGACAGUAUCAACAGUGUCCUGCAGCGUAUCCCUCUGUUCAGUGCAGAGUUUGAGGAGGCCAGUGGCAUUCUCCUGGAGCUGCCUGUCAAGGCUGGACUGGUCGUUCUACAGGAGUUGGGUUGUCCUGGCAAGCUGCUGGUCUUCCAAACUGCUCCCUUCAUCGAGGGGACACACACACACAACUCCUCUAGCUUCUUCAGCUCCAACAAACCAAAGUCUCUGUUUCAGCCUCCGGACCCUGCUGUCUCAUUGGCUAAGGAGUGUGUCAGUCAGGGCUGUGGCGUGCACCUGUUUGUGUUCUCCCAGCAGGAUGUGGGCGGGGCUUGGCCGGGACAUGUUCCUUACCUGACAGGUGGAGAGCUGCACUGCUACCACAGUCUCCAGGGAGAGUUGGACAGAGAGCGUUUCAGCAGUGACCUGAGGAGGACUGUAGAGACAGAGACGGGCUAUAGGGCCACACUCAGGGUACAUGUCAGUAAAGAUCUGCGCGUGUCAGGGUGUUAUGGCUCGUUCGUCCCCGGGCCCAACCCCGCACACGUCACCAUGGCAACCCUUGAUUGGCGUACGACACUGGCCGUAGAGUUAACACACAGCAGAGCUCUGGACGAAAAGAGGGGCGUGGUCAUACAGACCGUCCUGUCCUACACCAGCCAGCAGGGAGAGAGGAGGACCAGGGUCCACAGUCUGUCUCUGUGCUGCUCACACCACCUACUGGACACCUUCUGUAACUGCCAGGCCCAGACUCUGCUCACCUUCUACUGCAAGAAGAUGUACUGUGCCGUGUUGGAGCGCCCUCUACAGGAGCUGAGAGAGGAACUGCAGACCGAGGUGACAGAGUCGUUGGCCUGCUAUAGGAAACACUGCAGCUCCUCCUCUGUGUCCCCGGGACAGCUGGUCCUACCCCAGCACCUGAAGACCCUGCCAGUCUACCUCAACAGCCUGAGGAAGAGUGAAGUUCUGCUUCCCGGCCUCCGCAGUUCAGUACACCAACGCCUGCAGCUCCGCUGUCAAGUGGUCUCCAUGGAUACCAAGACCACAGCAGGACACUUCUACCCUCUGCUGCUACCACUGCCAGUAGGUGGCGAUACCUCCAGUCCUCUCAGCCUAGGGGAGGCUGUUCGCUGCACUGCUGCUAGCCUGGACCAUGGAGUUCUCUACCUGGUCCACGGACCCCUGGUUCUGCUACUCUGGGUGGGCCACAACGUCUCCAACACCUCCCUGGUCCAACUCUUCAACAUCACCUGUCUGUCCACACUACCCUCUGGAGAGACGAAGCUGCCUGUACUGGACAACCCUCUGUCUGUUAGUGUGAGGUCACUCAUCAACACUCUGAACUCACAGACACACUAUACUCGCAAGCUGCGUGUGGUGAAGCAGGGGGACAGCUGUGAGGAGGCUCUACAGCGCCUCCUGGUAGAAGAUAAGAGUCCCAACGGGGGAGCGAGCUACGCUGACUUCCUGUACCACCUCCAUGUCAACUCUAUACAACUGCUGGUUCGUUAGUUGUAAAAUGGUUUGAACUGGAAAACGCAAACGUGGGUUUCUUAUUGGACAAGUCCAGCUAAUCCCUCCCAUGUUUCACUCAGCUUUUCUUCUGUUUGGUGCGUAAUGAACAUGACCCUGGUGUUUUCAGCAGUAUGGCCAGGGGUUUUUACAGAUCACCUCAACCACACGUGAAUGAUCAUAUCCUUAUUUGACUUACAGUAUGCAACUGGUUGUUGUACUUGACGUUCAUCAGCAAAAGGUGAUGUCUUAUUUGUUUGACUGUUGUAGUAAUAACUUUUCAAAUCAAAUAACAUUUCAUUGGUCACAUACACAUGGUUAGCAGAUAUGAUUGGUCACAUGGUUAGCAGAUGUUAUUGGUCACAUACACAUGGUUAGCAGAUGUUAUUGGUCACAUACACA